GAGUGUGGAGAGACCCACUGAUCGCAUUGGUUGUGAUAUGUCUCUGCUCAACUCGUCAUGGGCGGGUGCUUUGUUGGUGGUCAUUGCCGGCGCUUGUCUCGUGCGCCUGGAGUCUCCUUUUGAUCCUGUGGUAUGGGAACAUCCGACAGACCUUCCCGUGCUGGAGGGCGCACUGUCGCCCAACGAGCGCUUGCUUGAGACGGAGCACCUGCACGAGGGCCAAGUGAUCGCCCCCGAGGCGUUUGCGGAAGGGGACGAUGGCUCCCUGUACACCGGAACAUGGGACGGGAGGGUUUACAGGAUGGACCCCGACGGGACAAAUCCCACGGUAGUUUUUUUCACGGGAGGGGUGGUUUCCGCGGCGGGGAGGGCCGUCGGUUCGACCACGGGGGUGGAGUACGGCACGAGUUUCAUGCACGAGUGCCACGAGAAGGUGCCGUGA